AUGGAAGACUACACUGUAACAGUAGCGACUGGUACAUCUGAGUAUUCAGGUACUAACAACUACAUCUUUCUGACACUGGUGGGAGAGAAAGGGGAGAGUGAACGCACCCUGCUUGAUAAUCCUGGACUGGACUUCUGUCGAGGAGCAGCGGACAAAUACAAAGUGACUAGUCCUUCUCCUUUAGGCUCCCUGCUUCUGGUCAGACUGGAGAAACAGAGGUAUUGGGUGGAAGACAACUGGUUCUGUCGCUAUGUCACAGUGGAGCACUUAGGUGGGGACACAGUGGUUUUCCCCUGUUACCGCUGGCUUAUAGGAAACAUCAACGUGGAAAUAAGACAGGGAAAAGCUAAGACACUCAGGGAUGAGUCCAUAGCUCAGCUGCUGGCACAUAGGAGGACAGAACUGCAGGAGAGACAGAAGAUUUACAGAUGGCAAACAUGGGCUCCAGGGGUUCCCAGAUGUAUUGACGCUAAAACAGAGGCAGAUUUACCGCAAGACAGCCGUUUUGAAAAUGAAAAGAGAAGCGACUUUGAACAUUCCUUGCAAUAUGCUUUGCUGGAGUUGUCUCUGAAAAAGUUGGUCAUCAUGUUUGGAAAGUCCUGGAGUGACCUGGAUGAUUUCAAACAGAUCUUCUGGAAGCUGAGAAGCCCAAUAGCUGAGUACUGUAUGGAGCACUGGAAGGAGGACUGGUUCUUUGGAUACCAGUGUUUGAAUGGCUCCAACCCAAGGAUGAUCCAGAGGUGCAAGAAACUGCCAGAGAACUUCCCUGUCACAUCAGAUAUGGUGCAGCGCUCAAUGGCGCCCAGAACCAACAUGGACAAAGAACUCAAGGAAGGAAACAUCUACUUGUUAGACUAUGCCAUCCUGGAUGGAAUUCCCACAAACACAAUCAAGGAUAAACCUCAGUACAUUGCUGCUCCGCUCUGUCUCCUGUACCAACACCCAGAUAAUGGACUCAUACCUAUUGCUAUACAGUUGGAGCAGACUCCAGGCAUGAACACACCCAUAUUCCUUCCCAGAGACUCGCCUCUUGCUUGGCUUUUAGCUAAGAUAUGGGUACGUCAUGCUGAGUUCCAGGUGUUCCAGGUGCUGUCUCACCUGCUCAGGACUCACCUGGUGAUAGAGGUGUUUUGUGUGGCCACUCUGAGACAGCUGCCUGCUGUACACCCUAUAUAUAAGCUCCUGGCCCCUCAUCUGCGCUACACUCUUGAGAUCAACACUAGGGGGCGCAGUCAGCUUAUCUCUGCUGAUGGCAUCUUUAAACGGGUUGUGUCCACAGGUGGUGAUGGCGUGUUGGUUCUGGCUCAGAGGGAGUUUAAGAUGCUGACCUACCGCUCCCUCCAGCCCUACAAUGACUUCAGUGACAGAGGAGUGUCCCGGCUCCCAGACUAUUUCUAUAGAGAACACAGUCUGAUGUUGUGGGAGGCCAUACACAGCUUUGUCUCUGGUAUGGUGAGCCUGUACUACCAGUCAGAUCAUAAUGUGACGGAGGAUACGGAGCUCCAAGCAUGGAUCGGAGACAUAACACAGAAGGGGAUGGCAGAGCUCCCCAGCUUUGGUCUGCCAAAUAAGCUCAGCACCAGAGAGGAACUGUCCACCUUGCUUGCAGUGGUAAUCUUCACCAGUACAGUCCAGCAUGCUGCUACUAACAACGGGCAGUUUGACUGGUGUUCCUGGGUCCCCAAUACUCCCUGCACCAUGAGACAACCCCCACCGACUGAAAAAAGUGCGGCUACCAUGGAGAUGAUCAUGGCCUCCCUUCCUGAUGUCAGCCAGUCCUGUUUGCAGAUGGCUAUCACAUGGCAUCUUGGGCGAGCACAACCAGAUGCUAUUCCUUUGGGCCGAUACACAGAGGAGCACUUCACUGAAGAACAAGCUGUGGAGCUGAUCAGUGGGUUCAGAACAGAGUUGGAGAAGAUCGAAGCUAACAUCCUGAGUCAGAAUGACGGACUGGAGCUGCAGUACCUUUUCCUCCUGCCUAGCCGCAUCGAAAACAGCAUCACUAUAUAG